CGAGAAAGAGACAGAAGGAGAGAGGGUUAAGCAGGGGAGGCAAAGAGAGAGAGAGGAUUGCAAGAGUUUAUCUAGCAGCGAGAGUGUACGAACAGACAUACGAACGAACGGUCGCGCAUAAUAUAUCAUUGCGUACAUAUCGUACGACGUAUUUGCGUUUCUUAAGAGAGGAGACACGCGGUAUUUUAACGAAAGAGAAACGCACGCGGAAUACACUGUCGUCACGCGUUUGCUUGCUCGCUCGUUUAACGGAGAGGGGAGAUGGAGAAAGAGUGAAAGAGAGAGAGAGAGAAAUACAGAUUCGCCGUUUCUGCCGACGACGAACCGCGCCACGGUUGUACGGACGGACAAACGCGCGGCCCGAUCGCACCCGAUCGCUCGUCGACGCUCGUUCUUCUGUCGUCGCCAGCUCCGAUUGGAUAUUAUCGUAUUUUCUCCUCUGGGUGUCCCGCACUCAGUGCUCGCUAUCUACGCCCGCUGUGUCGCGAAUGUGGACAUUUAACGGUGCGCCGUGUUGUCGCUACCGCUACCGCUAUCACCGCCACUGUGCAUUUCAUACGCCUGCUGCUGCUGCAAGACUCGCCGUCGCCGUUCUCUGACGGAUUCUGAGGAGUGUCAUCGAGCAUUUGGCGUAAAACGGCUCUCCAGCCCGCAGAGAUCUGGAUUGUCAACCUGAUUGUGCGGCGCCCUCGAGCGCGAGAGAGAGAUAAAGAAGAGAAAAAGAGAGGCGGAUAAAGAGUGAGCGAGAGUGAGAGAAAAGAGAGAGAGAGAGGAAGAUAGAGAAGGAGAGAGAGAAAGAGAGAGAGAGAGAGGCGCCUGCUGGUGGCUGUCCGCUCCGUCGCUCCGCGCUUUCCUCCCACCCAAAGUGGUAUCAAUGUUGUCUGGCAAUGGUGUGUAAGGAGAACGUGGUAUCAUGGUUUGGGAAUCUGUCCAGUUAUAAACGUAUCGAUGUAAUGUGCACGUUGCUGAACAUGUGCUUGCCGUUCGAAGUACGAUACCUUGGCACAUGCGUCGAGGAUAUCGGCAAGCGGGAUUACAAUGACCUGCGCGACACGGAGCACCAUGCAAACAGCAUCUCCGAGUUGGCCGAGCUAACGACAAGCUCCAACGUGACAGACAAGCGCACGCGGAGAAAACUGGCUCUCUACAUGGCGCUGUUGCACUCAUGCAAUUACGCUUGUGCGGUAAUCUUGUAUAAGAACCUGUCGAACCUCGAUCACCAGGAGAUCAUCAAUCUGCUGAACGGGACCACCUUCAACAACAUGGACGAUCAGCCCCUGGAAGAGCUGCUGUUGCUGUAUACGAUGGCGUUGAACCAUCCAGCGUUCACAUACGAGCAGAAAAGUGUAUUCGGCAACAUAUUCAUCAAGCUCCAGGAGGAGGAAGCUCGUCUGAAUCUCUCAAAGAUAAACUCUUCUUUCAAGCCGGCACAAGGUUGCGCACCUUGCAUGAGUACGAACGAGAGGUUAAUGGAGCCUGAGAUUCCAGGUAGCUGUUUAAUGCCGCCACCGCCGAUGCAAUCUUAUCAUGGUGAAAUGGCGAUGAGGAACAACACUAUGAUGACUGGAGUACCGCCUGGUCUUACAAUACCUCCUCCAGGAUUAUGCCUGCCCGCGACCCCGGAGCAAAUACCCAUGGGAACCGGUGGUACCACGCAAUACGUUCAUCUCGGUUUCCCGUCGGUGAAUCAUCUGCCCCCAUGGACAGGUCAGGUUAUGAUGGGAAACCAACUGAUGUAUCACACCGGCGACAUGUUGGCUUAUCCACCUUCCCCCUUAGUCAGCCGCCAGUCCUCGCCGUCCCAGUCAAGAUCCCCUAGUCGCAGCAACUCACCUAUGGGCCGCGGCAGGACUAACGUCAACCCACGCACCUCGUCCACGCAAGUCACCCAGUCCACCUCCAACAUCAUGACGACGUCGUCAACGACCGGUUCUAACAGUCAGACGAGCAUUUCCGGGUCGACCGCUACUAACAACAACAAUAACAACUCCCUGCCGCCCCUACCAACACUCGGCGCGAGCAGAAGUCUUCCUAGUCAACAACCACCGCUACUACCAUCAUCGCGAUCGGUUCCUUUGUCUAUUACAAGCUCUUCGAACUGCUUUUCUCGGCACAAUAGUGUCGACAACAAUACCCCGUCGUCCACUUUGAUCCCAGCGUCCCAACAGAAACAGGUCCCGCCACCGCCGCGACUAAGGUCGUCGAACUCUGGCGAUUCUCUACGGGAGACUAUGGGCAAGGAGAUACCGAACUUCAAGGGUAAUCUGCAGAAUCUUUCUCGCGACGAGAUCAGGAGGUUGAGCGAUGAGGAUUUGAGGGAUAUUGGUUUUACACCGAACGCAGUGGGACAGUUGAGGAGUAUAGUUAAGAGUCAAACUACUAACGGCUUAAACCAAAUUCCAGCCGACAAGAAGCUGGAUAAUACAAGCAAUAACACACAUCCAGUUGUAGAAUCAAUCGAAAACGAGGUCGUACCAGGAAUGGAAGUUUUAGGUGAUAGCAAUAACACGAGCGGGAAAUCAAUGUCGCUACAAGAACAGCAUCCAACGAUGCAUCAUUAUCACAAUCACGUGGCUACUCCUAACAUGCGGCGUUAUCCCGCCGCUAUGCCGUCGUUAGAUCACGCGCAAAUACAAAUGUACCCCGCACCACCACACAUGUACACGGCCCAGAAUGCACCGUGUUACGCUUGUCUCACCGUGCCAGUAGGUGGAAUGCAGAACCGAUACUCAAGGUGCAAUGCUCAACACGUAUAUUGCCUGGCGCAGUUACAAGCGCUACGGCUCGACUCCGAGAGCAGUCGACACUGUUCUCAGAGCAGUAGUUCCGACAGCACCGGCAGCAGGUCACCGCCCGAGACGCCACCAGCCGCGCCGUGGGUCAGUGGCGCCGACAACAAUAACGUCGCACCGCCCGUCAGCGACCACGUGAACAGCGUGCCAGUGCACUCCACGACGACGGUACCACCGCCGCCGCCGCACGUCGCCCCGGCGCCACAACAGACGAUGCAGACGUCAGUGCCGGAAAGGCAACUUCCUAGGAAGAAUCCGCAAGCGCGUGCCACGAUGCGUCAAAAGAGCCAAGGAAUGCUGAACGGCGGAGCCGGCAACGGGAAUGGUAGUGGACCGCCGAGUCUACAGCAUUGCGCUGCCGUCUCUUUCCCGGCGCCGCCAACACACUCGCAGCUUACAUAUUUACCGCACGGACACUUCCCAGCAGGGAUACGGCCCAGCACUACUGGCAUCUAUUCCAACUUCUUGCAUGGGCCGUCCGCAGCGCGACCGGCCUAUCCAACCGCGUACCAACCGAAUGGCGAAAUGAUGUAUCCGUACACGGGACAUCCUGGAGCGUCCGGCGGCACACCACCACCUCCACCAAACGCCGCGGCCGCCGCGACGCCGGUACAAGCGUCAUACAUGCCGCCCACGCCGGUGGUGACGUACGCGGCGGCAGUGAUACCACCGGCGAAGAUCUCCUGCUACAACUGCGGCAGUAGUAAUCACCUCGCGGUGGACUGCAAAGAUCAAACGAUGGAGGACCUCACGAAGAAAGCCCAGUACCGACUGGACUACACGAUAAUGAAGCAGCCUGGGGAGUGCCCGAGUUCCGACAAGUGAUCCCCUGCCACGGGCCAUCACUCUGCUACCACUCACUACAAUUGCCACCGCCAUCAUAACUGCAACUGUUGCUAUCAUCGUUAUCAC